GUACCACCUUGUGAACAGUCAGAAGAAGCACAAAACAUCCCCGCUGCCACUGCCACUGCCACUAUGAACAUCACCAUAACGUCAGCGGUACCACCGACGAACACCACAACUAGCGUCACCGUAGACACUGGAGACGACGUCAAUUACAAAGCAGGGAGUACUUGCAGCACAGACACAGCGGCAACCUUUGCGCCUCAACAGAAUGCCUAA